CUGCAACCAACACCACAGGUUAUUCGAGCAAGCCACCAGAAGCAUCUUCCAAACUCGCCUUCAAGACCCCCAAAGUCCAAGUCCCAACCCCAGCAUCACCUCGCCGCGCAAGCAACCAGAAAACACGGUCGAUUCCCAAACCUGCAACCGCAAUCGCAAUCGCAAUGAAGACCGAUCAGUACCUCAAUCUCUGUCUUGACCAGGCUGCCCUGUCCAGUCUCCACUACCGCCAUGGAUGCGUCGUCGUCAAGGGAGGCAAGGUCAUCGGCCAGGGCUUCAACGACUGUCGCCCUGGAUACGAUGGCGGCAGUGUCCUGAAGACCGGUGUCCUGCCCAAGGCGGCGGCCAACGUCAAGCCUGACAAGCCGGACCCGCCAAAGUCCAAGAGCACCUUCAAGACGGUCGAGAGCACCUGCGGAGGUGGCCAUCACGCCAACGCCCGUUUGACCUUGCACAGUGAGAUGAUGGCCAUCAACUCGGCCCUGUCCUCCUGCAGUACGCUGGCUGCCAGCACCGUGUCUCACGUUAAACCGAGCUUCAAAUUACUCGGUGAUUCCAAACGCAAACGAGCGUUGCAGCGCGAUGCAGUCCUCGCCUACACUGGUUCCGUGUGCCUCGCUACCUUCGGGCCGCAGGUUCAACAAGGUGCCGGCCCGGCUGAGGCGGUCGAGUGCCGUGUUAGACCUUCCGCAUAUAGAUGCGACGACAUCCUAUCGCACGGCCAAGAAGCAUGGCUAUCACUAUCAUCACGGUCACCAGUCGAAUCAGUAUCAGAAAGACAAGGCGUACAACAAGUACAACAAGUACAAGUAUAAGGCGGCGAGAUCGUCGCAGCAUGUUCCAGCACGAGGGCACACUGCUCAGAAUUGCGAGAAAUCCGACACUGACUCUGACGGUGAUGCCGUGAAGGGCGCUUCUCAGAACAUCACAGGGAGCAACAACGGCAAGUUUGGUCUGCAAAAGGCGCAAAAUCAGCACCUUCUCGUGCCCAAGGGCCGCAACGUCAGGACCUCACCAGGCGUAAAGGAACGUAUGAAGCAUCCUAAGCUUGUCGGCGCUGACGUCUACGUUGCGCGCCUGGCAAACGAGAGUCCAGCCUCGCCAAGCGGAAAGAAAAAGAAGUGCCAUGCGCAUGACGAGCCAAGCGAUGGGACUGUUGAGACGAGGAGUCCGGACACCUGCACCGCUUCUGCCAUGACCGCUUCGACAGGGUCCCUGCAUGAUGAGCUGAUCACCAAGAUAUCCAAGCCAAAGCCUUUGGCCUCGGCCUCGGAGGAUGUCAGGCCAACGCCCACCGCCGCGGAAUCGCGUCCGUGCUACCGCUGUGUCGCGUACAUGCACUCAGUUGGCAUAAAGCGCGUAUUUUGGACCAACAAUGAGGGCAACUGGGAGGGCGCUAAGAUUCGGGACCUGGUGGAUCAGCUCGACGGCACCACGCGCAGCGACACGGACACGCCCCUCGGACAGGCUGCAAUGGGCGUGUUUGUUACCAAGCAUGAAGUAUUGAUGCUUCGGAGACUGAUCAUGAGUGGCCAGGGGUAGGGGCAUUUGAGUACAGUCUGUGAGUCUAUUAUCGAUUUGAAUCCUCGAGUCUUAAUCCGGGCACCGUCCGCUGGAAUCAAAUGCCAACCUCCCUCUAAAAGCAAGUGCGCUUACACUAUUGUGAUCCCUGCCAGUGCUCGCUCAUCAGAGCUAUAGAUCUUCUGCUUCUCAGAGCCGUCCAGGUUACACCUAUAUAAGGAUCCACCGAGGUCGGUGAGAUACAUGUGACCAGCUUCCAAAUCAAGCUUCAGCCCAAUUGCCUCGUUCAGGUGUCUCACAAGCACCUCGUGCGACGUCCCACUGUCGUUCUUGACCACCAAGCCAGACUCAGGGUCCAAGACUGCCCUGUUCACGGAAUUACCCAGCGGCAACUCACCACGGUCGGUCCAGUACAGUGUCUCGUUGAGUUCGUCAACCUCGAGGUCAAUGGGCUCAGGCAGAUUGUCCAAAAGGAGCCGGACGUCUGUCCGGUUCUCAGCCUCCUGCCCGGCGGGCGUGUCGAUGCUAGCGCAGAAAAUACGACCCUUUCCGGACUUCGAGGCUGCCUUUUGCGUCCAGUAGAACUUGUUAUGCUUUCGAGAGACGGCAAUGCCCACGCACCACUUUGUCUGGUCUGCAAAGCCCUCCGCCUCCGAGUCACCCGUCUUGAUGAUUGUCUCGAGCUCACCGCCGUCGUAGUUGCAGCGUAGCACCCUCAUCCCCUCCCGGUCGCAGAAGUACAGCUUCUUGGACUCGGGCUCAACGACCAGCUGCUUGGGGGUGUUGACCGCGCCCUUGGGAACGAUACACGUGGCGUCCGAGCCGUCGCCGAGGUUCGCGGAGAAGACCUCGCCGUCGGGCCGGCCGGGCGAGCCCAUGCACGUCCAGAACAUCCGCCCUGAGGACUUGUCAAGGUCGAUGCCGUCCGGGUAUGCCUGGCUCUUGGCGAGGACCUUCUGGUUCUUGCCGUCGCCUGAAAUCUCCAGCACGAAGCCCGGGGCCGGUGAGAUCUUGGUAGCAGCCAGUCCGAGGUCGAGGACCAGAAGGCGGGGGACACGUGGGUAUAGACCUCCCUGUUGGCACUUCGCACCCAACUUUCCCUUGUCGACGUAAUUUCUCUGCACGAAAUCGACAGUCUUAUCCGCGGGAAGUCCGCGCUCCGCAACGUAGUGCGACUCGAUAAAUGCGACCGUGUCCAGGCCAACGUCGUCCAUCGUCUUGCAUGGCGCCAUCUCGGUCCUGAACAUGGUUCUGAACAUCUCGUCGAUCUCCUGGGGCGUCGAUACCUCCUCGGCCAAGAUUGUGAGGGUCUCUCGCUUCACCGCCGCCCAGAGCCGAUUUAAGAUGAAGCCUGUCGACUCCUUGCGGGCCACGUAGGGCGUCGUUCCUGCCUCCAUCUGCCUUUCACGAAGAAACUCAAUGACGUCGGGAUCUGUGAAUCCGCAUGUCAUCAACUCAACGAUGUUGUUUGUCGGUGGCAUGUAGUAGUGGGUGUUGAGUAUACGCGCCUUGGUCGCCUCGUACUUGAUCUUUCCGAGCAUCUCAGAGCUCUUGUAUGAGCUGGAGUUGCUAGCGAGGAUCGCAUCCUUGGGCGCAUGAGCCUCAAGGUCUGCAAAGGUGUCGAUCUUGAGCUGGAGCUUCUCCGGGACGGCCUCAAUCACCAGCCAGGCUCCCUGCACCGCAUCGGACAGCUCUAUCUGCGUUGAUAUCUCACCAUAGCCGUUGAGGUUUGACUUGGCUGCCGGGAAGUCGCGGGCGUUUUCUCUGACAUAUUUCUCACAGGCUCUCCUCUGCGAGGCGUCGGGGUCCCUGACACACACGUCGUAACCCGCUGCCACCCAGCUUGUAGCUACGAGCGAUGUCAGCCUGCGCUCAUGUUGGUGCUCGGGCAUGCAUGAACUCGCCUAUUCGCCGUCCUAGGACACCUCCACCCAGGAUAGCAACUGGUCGGCUGUGAUAAUCCUCAGGAACUUUACAGGAAGAGCUCAUGGUUAUGGAUGAAUCAAUGUCUUUUAAAAGUUGUUGCGAAUUCCGUCAAUGAUCAUUUUACAACACGGAGUCUCCAUGGUGCUGCUAGAGCUGGCCGAGAGUUUCUUUUAUCUCAAGGCUGCCCCCUAAGACCAGGUGGGCCGCCGCGGUCUCGCGAUUACAUGUCUGCGCCUGGCGGGCGACAUCGACAUGCGAAGUACAUGACGACAUCCGACUUGAUCAAGAAUUUUGAUUGUUGGAGUCCAAGUUGUGGGAUCUCGCGACAUUCGUGGAAGGCGAAGGCCGGCUUGCUAGGGAGGCC